AUGUUCGUGAUGAACUUUUCAACUGAUCUCAUCGGAAAGAAGCCAGCCAUGGUUUCCAUUGAUGGAGGGUACACACAGACCGAGUACCAAAGUUUCAACCACAAUGGUGAGUCAAAUCUUGAUCUCCAAUAUGGAAUGACAAUGGUCACUGGCAAGCAAAAUGUCACUCUUUACCAGACUGGUGACAUGGUGGAAGGGGCUUUGUUCAACAACUUUCUCGAUGCCAUUGAUGGGUCAUACUGCAUGUUCAAGGGUGGUGAUGAUUACACCGAGGAUGCCCAAUAUUCUGACCCAUAUGGAGGGGGCUAUGAGGAGUAUGUGAAGCUUGGCUUGAUGGAUAUCACCAUCCUGUACAGCUCUGGAGAUUAUGGUGUUGCUGGUCAUGGCAACUACUGCUUGAACCCCGAUGGUAUACCUUGUGUUUAA